GUUAGAGGUUAAAUAAAUCAAAAUUAGUACAAUGUUGUGAAACAGAGAAAAGGCUAUAAAAAGAAUUUCAUUACUCAAGAAGCACUUCAAACCAUCCGAAGACUUCAACAGAGAGCUGGAUGGAUGCACCUUUGACUUUGAACUUGCUUCAAAAGUUAUGAGGGGGCUCAGACCAGAGGUAUAUUACCAAAUCAUAUCACUUGUUGACUCUAUGAUGAAGCAGAACAGCUUUCAGGAAAAGUCAAGAGCAGCUAUGAGAUAUAAAACUAAUUAUUGGUUUAAGAAGAUACUGACGAAGAUCUAUGAGAAAGAAAUCCUUACUCCUGAGAAGGUAAUUGAAGAUCCAGAUCUCCUGAAUAGAUGUACAAUGGGGAUUAGUUUCUUUGGAGGUGAAAUAAGCACUAAGUUUGCAGUGCAAAUAGGGCUUUAUCUAAAGAGCAUAAAAAAUAUGGGCACUGAAACCCAUAAAGAUGCAUUGAUGAGGGCAGCCACGCUUGAAGAGUUUGGAUGCUUCUGCUUGACUGAGCUUGGCCAUGGGUCUGACAUUAGUAAGCUCGAAACAACUGCUCACUUUGACCAGAUUACCAAUCAAUUUAUCUUCAACUCUCCAACAGAGACAUCUAGAAAGUUUUGGAUCGGAAACUUGGCUAGCACAGCUACGAAGGCUGUGGUGUUUGCUCAGUUGAUUAUUAAUGGAGUUAGACAUGGAGUUCAUGGGUUUCUGAUCCAGAUCAGAGAUCCUGAGACCCAUGAGUGACUAUAUGGAGUAACUAUCGGAGACUGAGGUGACAAGAUAGGAAUGCAAGGAAUUGAUAAUGGAUGGAUUAUGUUUGAUAAUUUUAGAGUUGGGAAAUAAAGCUUUACUCAACAAGUUUGCAGACAUCAGUCCAGAUGGUAUCUAUACCUCAAAAAUCACAUCAAAAGCAAAGAGAAUGGCUGUGCAGCUGGGAAGUCUGAGCGGAGGGAGAAUUGCUAUCUCACAGGUUAGCAAUGAUUGUGCUCUAGGAGUAUCAUCUGGAUCUCUUAGAUAUUGGGCAGUGAAAAAGCAAUUUAAGAAUCCAAAAACUAAACUUGAGACAAGACUUCUUGACUACAGAAUCAAUCAUUAUAGACUAAUCACAAAAUUUGCUAGACACUUUGUACAACAUAUUGGAAUGACUAAGGUCGUAGAUUUUUGGGACGAAUAUUUGAAGGGAGGACUUGGCACAGAAAACAAAAUGACAAGCUUUAUUCAUUUAAUAUCAUCUGUAACUAAAUCUGUACUAACAUGGACAACUUUUGAUACAUGCAGCGAAUCUAGACAAGCCUUAGGAGGUCUCGGAUUUUCAAGUUAUAAUGGAUUAGGUUCAGCCAUUCCUGUUAUGGACUUGAAUAGAACUUGGGAAGGUGACAAUAAUAUCUUAAUGCAACAAGCAGGAAAACUAAUUUUGCAGAAUCUCUCGAACUUGUUCACAGAGAAGCCUGUCAUGCCAACAUUUGAUUUCCUUAAAACUGAAAUGCCUGAAGCCGAACCUUAUCUGAAAUCAUUCGGUGACGUCAUGGGAUUAUUAGAGUUAUUAACCUACAGAGCAUCCACUCUGAUCCAUCAGACAGGUAUGAAGCUAAAUUUUGCUGAAGACAAAAUGGAAGCUUGGGAUAAGCUUUUGGCCUUCAACACAUACCCAAUGACGUUUGCAUAUUUCGACAGGUUCCUCCUCCAAAGCUACAUAAAUUUUUUACAACAAUUUAAUGAAGACCAAAAGACCAAAGAAGUUUUCACUCUAUUAGGAGUUGUUUACGCUCAAAAAGUAAUCGUAGAAGACGCUGAAUUUUUCAGAGAUAACCUAACUCGCUCCCAAAUUGAUGAUCUAAAGGAGAAUUUAAUGGAUAACUUGUUGAAAUUGCGUAAAGAAGUGGUAGGAUUAUCCUACCUUCUUCCACUUACAGACAAGAUGCAAGGAGCCGUCUCUAAGCUAGACAUGAAGCCUUAUGAGAACUUCUUAGAUUUCGUUGAGAGAUCUGAAAGGAAAAUAAGCAUUGAUAUUGAUGGCGACAUUCUAAUUCCUUCUUCUCGUUAAAUCCUUAAAAGAUAAAA